AGCAGAGCGAUUUGUUGUAGUGGCAACAACAGCAGCCGAAGUACCCGGAUGUUCCAUACAGUCACAGCAGCCGCACGUUAUUAAAGAUGCAGACUAUUAAAUGUGUGGUAGUGGGAGAUGGUGCGGUUGGAAAGACCUGCUUACUGAUCUCCUACACAACCAACAAGUUCCCUUCAGAGUAUGUGCCUACGGUAUUUGAUAACUAUGCAGUUACUGUGAUGAUUGGAGGAGAGCCGUACACACUUGGACUUUUUGACACAGCAGGUCAAGAGGACUAUGACAGACUGCGGCCCCUCAGUUACCCUCAGACUGACGUUUUUCUUGUCUGCUUCUCGGUUGUAUCACCUUCAUCCUUUGAGAAUGUCAGAGAAAAGUGGGUACCAGAGAUCUCUCACCAUUGUCCCAGGACACCAUUUCUGCUGGUUGGCACUCAAAUGGAUUUGAGAGAUGACAGCAACGUAAUAGAGAAGCUUGCCAAGAACAAGCAGCGCCCUCUGGCACCCGAGAGCGGAGACAAACUGGCCAGAGAUCUUCGAGCCGUAAAAUAUGUUGAAUGCUCUGCCCUUACGCAGAGAGGUUUAAAGAACGUGUUUGAUGAAGCAAUCCUGGCGGCGCUGGAGCCUCCUGAGACCAAGCCCAAGAAGCGCUGCAUUCUCUUAUAGAGAAUAAAGAGAGAAGAAUGAAAGUAAAUGAAAUGAAACAA